UUUAAUGAUGCGUGAAGAGAAAAUAGUUGACUUUUGUCUCCUUGUCGUCCCUGGAGAAAAGAAUUGAAAUUGAGGGAUAUGAAGUCAAAAAAACUGAAAUUUGUGGAUUUGCAUCGGAUCUUGCCUUUGGAUGGAUUAACGCCUUGCCGGAAUAGCAAAUUCAGUGGUGGUUGUGCAAAGCCAGAGGAGCUGUAGUUAGUGUUGCGGAAACAUGAGCAGGGACCGGAGCAGCCCUAAUGCCAAAAGCUUGCCGGCGGCAAGAGGUAAGUCCCAAGGUUGGGCUGCGUUUGACCUGAAGCAGCGUCAGAAACAACAGCCUCAGCAGCAAGUUGCUGACAGUCUUCCCAAUGGGAAUAGUAUUAAUAAUGACCCAUUUCCACCCCUACCAACAGCUGCUCUCCGUCGCUGUGCUGUAAAUAAUAAUAGUAAUGCUAGCAGUAAUGCUGAUAACAAUGUUGCUGGUUCGAGUUCUGGUUCGAGAACCUUAUCAUCUGUAUUCCCACCUUCUGUACAGUUUCCACCUAUGUCACAUAAUGAUCUUGUCCUUAAUCAACUUAAACAACUCCACUCCGGGGCCGACGAUACUUUGAUUCAGGACGUCUUGUACUCUGUCGAUAAUGAUACUGAAAAGGCCUCGUCUUUCUUAAAACAGAUACUUUCUGCCCACAACAGUUCCAAUUAUUUAUCAUCCAAUUCCUCUCAUUCUCUAUCCCGUAAAUCAGAAAACAAAAAUGAGGGUGAGAGUGAGACUCCUUCAUUUGAAAACAAUUCAGACAUUGCUGCAGAUAUUGGGGAUCUCAGCUCUACCCUUGAGCAUGCUCUCAAAGACAAUCACAAACAUUUGGAGGAUGUGCAUUCUGAUGCGGCAGCUGCUGCUGCUGCCAACAUGAACUUUAUUCUGGGACACUUGAAAUCCAUUCCUGUUGAGCCCGAGUGGGAAGAACAUGAUCUUUACUUGAUUCACCGUAGAGAUGCCUUCAAGAUGAUGAGAUUAGCAUCUCGACAUUCCAAGGCAGCUACUAAUGCCUUUAUGAUAGGUGACCAUUUUUCUGCCCAACAGGAGUCACUGAAGGCUCGUAAAGAAUGGUUGUGUGCAGAGAGACUCAACACUGAGGCAGCUAAGAAUAUUUUAAGUUUAAGAAACAGUGAAAAUAAUCUUUGGAAAUUAGACCUACACGGUCUUCAUGCAGCAGAGGCAGUUCAAGCCCUGCAAGAACAUCUGAAAAAGAUUGAGACCCAACUUCCAAUGAAGCGGCUAGAAUCUCCAAGUAUGCUUGAGAAAAAAAUUGGGAUUGUAUCUUCAUCAGUUGAGCCCUUCGGUAGCAUGGGUACAGAAAAAUCGGAACUGCAACGUAUGGGAUAUAUGCAGAGGCCAGCAUCAUUACAAGUCAUUACGGGUGUAGGCAAGCACAGUCGGGGUCAAGCUGCACUACCAACAGCUGUGAAAAGUUUUCUCGAUGAGAACAAAUAUCACUUCGAUGAGACAAGGCCAGGUGUUAUUAAUGUCUUCCUCAAAUUUCGUCAUAGGUAAAUGGUCGCUUCACUAGAAUUUUACGAGGAAUUAUGGGACCGAAAGAGAGAAAUUUGUAAUUGGCCUAUAACAUAUCAACAUUGCUUCAGAUGUUGGAAUCAUCCGACUCCAGAGCCCACGGUUAGAAGACUUCAAGCCUACAAAUUUCAUGAAGGCAUCAAGUCCAGAAUGUGUUUUUCAAUAAUUCAAAAUUAUGUUGCAAAACAGCAACAGAAUUUGAAAAUUGUUGGAGAUACAAUCAGCCACAUAGUUUGUUGAGAUUACUCCCAGAUAGUCUCUAACUACCUAGUGGUUGAACGAUGAAAUUACAUAGAAAAUACUGAGAAUUCUCAACGAUUGCUACGAUUUUAAAGACGGUGAAAUUGAUGGAUUAGGAUGGUGCCCCCGUCACUGAACCUAUGAAAUUGUUUUCAGCAGAAGGGGACGAGGAUUCUGGCCCUAGUCAUAUGGCGUAUGUAGCUGCAUGAGUUGUGUUGUUCUUGGAUUAUAUGUAUCAGUUGACUAUGUAAGAUUAGUUAUUAUUUUUUAAACUUGAAUUGUCUUUUAGUGUUUUUAAAUUCAUAUGCAAUUGAAUUGUUGACAUUGUAUUUGUAUUGAGUUUGUUGCAUAUUGUUGUUUGCUUAA